GGGUUCUAAUCAUCCUUCAGUCACGCCCACAUCCCGAGUUCCAAGUCGGGGCCUGCCCCUCCAGGCCUCAGGCCUUGCCCAGGGCCCAGAGUCCCAGGGAACGUGCCCCCGCUCUACCUUCUGUGGCCUCUGCUGUGCCCCAGGAGGACACCCUGGAGGAAGAGGGAAUGGCUCCUGCCCUGACAGCCAGGCCAGGAAAGGAAUCAGUGACAUUCAAGGAUGUAGCUGUGGAAUUCACCCGAGAGGAGUGGGUACAAUUGAACACAUCUCAGAAAAAGUUGUACAGGGAUGUGAUGCUGGAGAACUAUAGGAACUUGUUCUCUUUGGGAUUUGCAGUUUCCAAACCAGAUGUGAUCUACCAGUUGGAAAGAAAGGAAGCGUCUUGGAUGCCAGAGGCAGAUAUUCCAGAAGGCAGUUGUCCAGAGAGCAGAGAAUUUACUGGAGAUAAACCUCCUGAAUGUAAUGAAUGUGGGAAGGCCUUCAGAAGCAAGAAUCAUCUUGCUGUGCAUCAGAGAAUUCAUGCUGGAGAGAAACCUUAUGAAUGUAGUGAAUGUGGGAAAGCCUUCAGGAUUAAAAAACAACUUUCACUGCAUCAGAGAAUUCAUACUGGAGAGAAACCUUAUGAAUGUAAUGAAUGUGGGAAAGCCUUCAGGAUUAAAAAACAACUUUCACUGCAUCAGAGAAUUCAUACUGGGGAGAAACCUUAUAAAUGCAGUGUAUGUGGGAAGGCCUUCAGGAUAAAAAAAUACCUUUCACUGCAUCAGAGAAUUCAUACUGGAGAGAAACCUUAUAAAUGCAGUGUAUGUGGGAAAGCCUUCACUUGGAAGAUAUGUCUUAUUUUACAUCAGAGAAUUCAUACUGGAGAGAAACCUUAUGCAUGUAGUGAAUGUGGAAAGGCCUUCAGGAACAAGAAUCAUCUUUCUGGGCAUCAGAGAAUUCAUACUGGAGAGAAACCUUAUGAAUGUAGUGAAUGUGGGAAGGCCUUCAGGAUUAAGAAACAACUUUCACUGCAUCAGAGGGUUCAUACUGGAGAGAAACCUUAUGAAUGUAGUGUAUGUGGGAAGGCCUUCAAGAUUAAGGUAGAACUUAAAAUGCAUCAGAGAAUUCACACUGGGGAGAAACCUUAUAAAUGUAAUGUAUGUGGAAAGGCCUUCAAGGUUAAGAAAGAACUUUCAGUACAUCAGAGAAUUCAUACUGAGGAGAAACCUUAUGAAUGUAGCGUGUGUAGAAAGGCCUUCAGGAUUAAGAAAGAACUUUCACUUCAUCAGAUUCAUACUGGGGAAAAACCUUAUAAGUGUAGUGAAUGUGGGAAGGCCUUCAAGAUUAAGAGCAAACUUUCAAUGCAUCAGAGAAUUCAUACUGGAGAGAAACCUUAUAAAUGUAGUGUAUGUGGGAAAGCCUUCAGGCGUAAAUCAGGACUUACUGUGCAUCAGACAGUUCAUACUGGAGAGAAACCUUAUAAAUGUAGUCAAUGUGGGAAUACCUUCAAGAGUAAGAUAGGGUUUACUGGGCAUCAGAGAAUUCAUACUGGGGAGAAACCUUAUGAAUGUGGUGAUUGUGGGAAGGCCUUCAGGAAUAAGUCAGGACUUACUGUGCAUCAAACAGUUCAUACUGGAGAGAAACCUUAUGAAUGUAAAUGUGGGAAGGCCUUCAAGAGUAAGUCAGGGCUUACUGUGCAUCAGACAAUUCAUAGUGGAGAGAAACCUUAUGAAUGUAGUGAAUGUGGGAAGGCCUUCAAUCUUAAGAUAGAACUUUCAGUGCAUCAGAGAAUUCAUACUGGAGAGAAACCUUAUGAAUGUGGUGAAUGUGGAAAGGCCUUCAUGUGGAAGGGAAAUCUUACUCGACAUGAGAUGAUUCAUACUGGAGAUAAUCCUUAUAAAUGUAGUGAAUGUGGCAAGGCCUUCAGGAUUAAGAUGAAACUUACAAAGCAUCAGAGAAUUCAUAUUGGGGAGAAACCUUAUAAAUGUAAUAUAUGUAGAAUGGCCUUCAGGAUUAAGAGCAAACUUUUACUUCAUCAGAGAAUUCAUACUGGGGAGAAACCUUUUAAAUGUAGUGUAUGUGGGAAAGCCUUCAGGCGUAAGUCAGAACUUACUGUGCAUCAGACAGUUCAUACUGGAGAGAAACCUUAUGAAUGUAGUCAAUGUGGGAAUGCCUUCAAGAGUAAGAUAGGGUUUACUGGGCAUCAGAGAAUUCAUACUGGGGAGAAACCUUAUGAAUGUGGUGAUUGUGGGAAGGCCUUCAGGAAUAAAUCAGGGCUUACUGUACAUCAAACAGUUCAUACUGGAGAGAAACCUUAUUAAUGUAGUGAGUAUGGAGAGACCUUGAGGAGGAAGUCACAUCAUACUGAGCAUCAGAAACUUCAUACUAGAGACUUCUUUAUGAAUGUAAGGAGGUGAGGGAAGGCUUUCCCCUGCAACUCAGAUCUUAAUUAACAUUAAAAAAUUCAUACAGUAGGGGGCAGCUAGGUGGCGCAGUGGAUAGAACACCAGCCCUGGAU